GAAGCAAACAUUCUGGGACGAAGAGACAUGGCUGCAGCACAAGAGGAGCUCAGGAGGGCUGUCUUGGCAGUACUCCCGGACCUCCCCGCAGACACACUAACUACCUUGAUGGCAGGCCUGGAAGAACUUGGUGUGGAGAACAAGGAGGAUGUGAGCCUUCUAAGUGAAGAAAAUCUUCUGCCCUUUCUCCGUGUGGUCCAGUCUAGAAAGCUUCUCCGUGCCUUUUCAUCUCAAGGUUCCUUCUCAGCCCUGUCUCCUCCUGGCUCUCCACAACUCUCCUCAACCCUGUCCCCCGUGGGAAGUCCACAACUCUCCUCACCUGAGACACCCCGAACGUCCAACCCAAUGCCCUCACCACGCACACCAUGGCCUGUACAUUUUAAGGUUAACUGGGAGAAGAUGACGCCAGAGAUUCAGUCAGCCAUUGCAAAUUCUACUAGACCGAAUCCUGCUGCCAGAAGAGCGAUGGUCAGAGAGCUUGUCGAUCAAAUGAGGGUGCACAAUGCAAAUCCAAAUAGAGGGAUCUGUUUGAAAGUUGUAAACGAUAUAAUACAGAAGUACCCCACAUGUUUUGGGGAUGUGGAUGAUGAUGAAAAUACAGCUGGGGCAUCGCUCGUCCAGCAAGUAAAAACCAGAAUCGAGCAUGUCAACCGAAACAACACAUUGGCACGGUUAAGGAAGAAUAAGCACAGCAAUCGCCAGGCGAGGACAAAUGGAAGAGGUCCCGUUGAUCAAUAUGGAUGUGUCCGAUGGGCACCUCAAGAACUCCCCUCAGGGGAGACUGAUGAAACCCUACAAGAGAUGAAGACUCAGAUGCAGCAGCUAUAUGCCCAGGAAGGAAUGUCAGGCAUGGAGAGAGGAGCGCUUCAGAGAUGGCUUCAGAGAACCUACAUUCUCCAGCGUUGUGAUCUCAAUGCUGACCCUCCACACAGCGUCUCAAAAAUUAAGGAUGACUGGCCCUUUCUCUUCUCCUUGAAGGGCCUGUUCUCGCAUUUCAGUGAACUGACCGGAAUUCCAAUCCAGGAGAAGCUGCCAGCUGCCAUAGACAACAGGAGUCAGAACAUCAUAGAGUACUUCAAC